AUGGCACACAAUAAACUAGUGGUUGAGGUCCAUUUUGGGGGUAGGUUUGACCGGAGUUCUGGGUGUGAGUAUACGGGUGGUGAAGUUGAACUGCACAAAGAUAGUGUUGACCUUGAUGAACUAUCUUUCUUUGAAAUUGAAGAUAUAUGUAAGGAAUAUGGAUAUAAGUUAGGGGAUUUAAUGUAUUUUAAAGACCCCGUGAAGAGUCUUGCUGAUGGGUUGCAUUUAAUUACUUCAGACCAUGAUGUGCUGAACCUGUCUGCUUGCCAUGAUGGGCAUGCCAUUUUGCAAUUAUAUAUUGUGUCUUUUGGGGAAGGAGGAGGUGAUGAAGAGGAUAGUCAAGAUGAUAAUGAAUAUGGAGGUAGGGCUGAUUUGGAUGAUCCUUGGUGGGAUGAUAAGCUUAGUGAUACUGAAGACGUAUUUGAUGUUGGUGUUGAUGUUGAUAGUUCUGGACCCUCUAAUGUACAACAUGAUAAUCCUAGGGUUGAACAAGGUAAUGUAGAUGAUAAUGAAGGGGGUAAUGAUGAGAAUAGUGAAGAGGGUGGUAAUGAUGAGAAUAGUGAUGAGGGUGAAGAGGGUGAUGAUGAGAAUAGUGAAGAGGGUGGUAAUGGUGAUAAUGAAGAUGAAGUUGGUCAUGAUGACGAUGACAAUAACUCUGAUAUGGCUAGAAGUGACAUACUUGUCUCACCAGUAGCUAGUGAUGAAGAAGUUGAAAAUUCUGAGUCAAGAGGGUCUGAGUUCCAUGCAGUUGACCGAGAGGAUCCACGUUUGGAAGUUAAGAUGAGAUUCCCAGAUAUACAGACAUUUAGGGAGGCUGUUAGGGUGUUCAAUCUUAAGAGGGGCAAGGACAUUACCUUUAAAAAAAAUGAGAGAAAAAAGUGUAUUGUUGUAUGUAAAGAACCAAAGUGUAAUUAUAGAGUGUAUGCUAGACAGGUGGAUGAUGAAGCUACAUUCCAGAUAAUCAGCCUUCAAGGUAGACAUGUGUGUGGCAGGCAAUUUAGGAACUCAAUUGUAAACUCUACAUGGAUAGCCGAUAAACUGAUUGAUAAGUUUAGAGUUCAGCCCGACAUGCCAUUACAUGUGAUACAGAAUGAAGUGAAAGAAAGAUGGAGGAUAGAUGUGAAUCCGAGCAUGAUGUAUAGGGCAAGAAUCAAGGCUAAUAAAAAAAUAUAUGGCAACCAUGGGGGUCAGUAUGCGGCCUUGUGGGACUAUUGUGAGACCUUGAGAGCAACCAACCCAGGAAGUUGUGUUGUGAUGAAAGUGGAUAGGACAGUACCCGAGGCGAAUCCAAGGUUUCAAAGACUGUAUUGUUCUUUGGCAGCCAUGAAGAAGGGCUUUUUGGAAGGUUGCAGGCCUGUGAUAGGGGUGGAUGGGUGUUUCCUUAAAGGGCCAUUUAAGGGGCAACUUCUAGCUGCAGUUGGACGCGAUGGCAAUGAUAACAUGUAUCCGAUUGCAUAUGCCGUAGUUGAAGCUGAGACUAAGGACAGCUGGAUCUGGUUUUUGGAAACCCUAGUGUCUGAUCUUGGGAACCAUGAGCGGCAUGGCAGGCCAACAUUUAUUUCGGAUCGACAGAAGGGUCUAAUGCCAGCCUUUGAUUAUGUCAUGCCAACCGUCGAUCACAGGAUUUGUGUAAGGCAUCUUUAUGCGAACUAUAGGGACAUUGGGGGGCAUAGAGGAAUUGCCCUAAAGGAGAAGUUAUGGGCUGCAGCUUCUGCAUACACUGAAGGGGAUUUUCUAAGGGUAAUGGGUGAGCUGAAGAGAAUGAAGAGUGAUGCCCAUGAGUACUUGGCCAAAAUUGAUCCUAGUACAUGGUCAAGAGCAUGGUUUGCUACGGAUUCAAAGUGUGACCUUCUGCAGAAUAAUAUAUGUGAGUGUUUUAACUCAUACAUUCUAAAGGCUCGCAAUAAGCCUAUCUUGACCAUGCUGGAGCAGAUACGAAAAAAGUUGAUGAGGAGAUACCAGGCUAAGAGGGAUGGCAUUCAAACUUUGACAGGGAAGUUAACUCCUAAAAUCCAAAAUAAGUUGGAUGCAAUCCGGAAUGAAUCAAUGGACUGUAUUGCCCUAUAUGCUGGUGAUGACAUGUUUGAAGUGACUGGUCCAGAUGGUAGACAAUUUGUAGUCAACAUGAGGAGAAAAAGUUGUGGUUGUAGAGUGUGGGAAAUGUCUGGAAUCCCCUGUGUGCAUGCAUGUGCUGCUAUUCGACAUAGUUGUAAGAAUGCAGAGGAUUAUGUUGAUGAGUACUUCACUGUGGAGAUGUACAAGAAAGCAUAUGCGCCAGUUAUAUACCCAAUGCCUAGUCAAGAGCAGUGGAUACCAACCCAGCAUGACAAGUUGGAACCCCCAGUAUCAAGAGUGGCCCCGGGUAGACCAAAGAAGAGGGCACAAUAA